AUGCUAACAUCAGAAGCACAAUUCCUCGUGGAUGAUCUCACUGAGAUAGAGUGGAACGAUGCUGCUUUUGAUCAUCUAGUGCUUCCAGGAAAUGAGAAGGAAUUGGCCUGGGCAUUUGUGGAGAACAAAGCACUCUCUACAAACCAUUUUGACGAUUUCGUCCAAGAUAAAGGUCGAGGCAUCAUCAUCCUGAUGUUUGGGCCACCUGGUGUAGGCAAGACCUACACAGCCGAAGCAGUCGCGGAACGGUCCCGAGUGCCACUGUAUUCGAUGAGUGCUGGAAUGCUCGGCACGACUCCAAAAGCUGUUGAGGCUGCUCUUGACCGAGCUUUAGAGUUGUGCAAAUUGUGGAAUGCUAUGCUGCUUUUGGAUGAGGUCGACGUCUUCCUUGGCGCUAGGACAGACACCGACCUAGCUCGCAAUGAACUUGUUGCUGGUUUCCUGGAUCAUGCAUUCCAGUCUCGUGUUGACCUAUUCUUACCUUAUGCUGAUUUAACGGCUCAGGCUCGACGAAAGGUCUGGAAGAAUUUCAUCGAUCGCGCCGGACAGGAUAAAUUUGUCGUGAAAGAUGACGAUUUGGACGUGUUGGCUGGAGUCAGUCUAAACGGCCGCGAGAUCAAGAACCUGAUCAAGAGCGCUCAUCUUCUGAGCUUGAAGGGGAAAGAGAAGAUUACCAUGGAGCGCUUGUACAUGCUGGCCCAGAAUCGCCUGAAAGCACUUCAAGCCCUUUCAGCAUGA